GGCCCUGAGAGCCUGGUCACACUGGAUAUGUACAGAAGCACGCCUACAUGAUCUAGAUACGGACAGUCGCUGACCAGGUAGCAGCUGUAGUCCCAAAGCGAAGAUGUUGUUAACGUUAUUCAUCAUCCCUACACUGCUUGUACUGUCAAGUUGUACAUCUGACUCAUGGGUGCCCUCUGGCGAUCUUCCCGUGGACUUCACCGUCACGUUCACAGCACCGGAAACGGUGUAUAACGUCUGCAAUCGUAAUUUUACCCAAAGUGCCAGGAAUUUUUCUAUCGCCACCACUGGAGUCGUGGUAACUCCUGGGGAAACUGCGAACGCUCCAACCAUGACUAUUGCAGGCGCAUCGUCAGAUGAUAUGUUCUCCAUUUUGAUGAUAGACUCGGACGGGAAAGGAGAUGUCGGCUUGCCGAUCUUUCCUAUACUCCACAUGCUCAUCACAAACAUAACGAAUGCUGACCCAAGUACAGGAGCAGUCAUAGACCCGUACGGAGGACCCAUGCCUCCGCCCUGUAUCGUUGCCAGAACCUACCACUACCUCCUAUUGAAACAGACUUCCGCCUUGUCUCUGACCGCCGCAGAUCUCCUAACGUACACACCAAACUGUAACUUUCCUGGCCUCGAGGGCAAGUAAGUCGUUUUUUAUCAUUAUUAUCUUUAAUCAUCUAGAACAAAAAAAAUACAAACUAGUUAACGUAAUGGUAGAUUCAACAUGGAACGUAGAAUUUUGUGUGAAAUUAUAUAAAAAGUUAAACUUGACGUUCUUGAGUUUUAUUGAGCUAUCACAACAAAUGGCUUACUAGUUUUAUAACUAAACGACUAUAUCCAACGCACAAAGAAAUCAUGGUACUACGUAGAGGCGUUAUUCUUUGGUGGGAUUUCAAACAACAUGAUUUGGAAGACAGUUGCUCAGAAAUGUAUAUACCACAGCCCUUGUAAAAUUCAAGCUGCAUACCCGGUCUAACCAUUAUUGCCGUACAGAGUAAACUUACAGAACACACAGUUUUCUUGUCGACUAGACUGCGCGUGGUAACAUACAUUCUCAUAAUUCCACCAGUUGUCAUUACACCGCCACCUA